AUGACAGAGAAAACCCUUCAAGGAGAAAACAUCUCUUCCUCACCUAAAAGGUUGGAAGGAAAAGUUGCCCUUGUGACCGGCGGUGCUAGAGGAAUUGGUGAGGCAAUAGUGAGACUCUUCGUUCGACAUGGAGCCAAGGUCAUUAUCGCCGACAUUGAUGAUGCUACUGGCCUUCCUCUAGCUAACCUGUUACACCCCUCCACAGUGUACGCGCACUGUGACGUGACCGUAGAAGGGGACAUCGAAAAUUCAAUCAAUCUAGCAGUUUCCCAGUACGGAAAACUCGACAUUCUCUUCAAUAAUGCUGGGGUCCUCGGAAAUCAAUCCAAGAACAAGAUCUGCAUAGCCAAUUUCGAUGCCGAUGAGUUUGAUCAUAUCAUGCGCGUCAACGUGAGAGGAGUUGCCUUAGGAAUGAAGCAUGCAGCGAGAGUAAUGGUGCCUAAGAGAAGUGGCUGCAUCAUAUCCACCGCCAGUGUAGCUGGCCUCAUGGGAGGCCUUGGCCCGCAUGCAUACACAGCUUCAAAGCACGCCAUUGUAGGGCUUACAAAAAACACAGCUUGUGAGCUGGGCAGGUAUGGGAUUAGGGUUAACUGCAUCUCCCCAUUCGGAGUGGCCACUUCCAUGCUUGUAAACGCAUGGAGGAAGUCUGAGGAAGAAGAUGAUGGUGAAGAAUGCUUACAUUUUCAAGCACCUUGUGAGAAAGAAGUAGAGGAAAUGGAAGAGUUUGUAGGUGGGAUAGCCAAUUUGAAGGGUGUUAAGCUCAGGGCUGAAUGUAUAGCUGAGGCUGCAGUCUAUCUUGCUAGUGAUGAAUCAGAGUAUGUAAGUGGCCAUAACCUUGUUGUGGAUGGUGGAGUUACCACCUCAAAAAACUUUGUGGGCUUGUAG